AUGACCGCAGACACCACAAAGAACAUCGAGUUUAUUGGCCUGGGUGCCAUGGGAUACGCCAUGGCCCAGAAUGUGCGCAAGAGCAUGCCGUCAACAGGGCGGCUGUACAUCUUUGGCGUCUUUCGCAGCGCAUGUGAGCGGUUCCAGACCGAGAUGGAGGGGACCAGCGCGGUGGUGGUGGUUGACUCUGCUCGAGAAGCCGUGGAGCAGGUGCCGACGGUCAUCUCCAUCGUUCCCAACGCCGCCGACGUUCGACAGGUUUACCUCGACGAGGAAAACAGGGUAAUUGCAACCAGACGGAUCCCCGAGCGUUUGAUCUUGGAGUAG